UUUCCCAAAUAUAAAUACCAAAGGUGCGGCGAAGGGGCAAAUAUGUAAUAUUGGAGAGAAGAAUCCCACAAAAUUAGUUGUUGCGUUGCUGAGAUGGAUAUUCCCCGCAGUCUGCCUCUAAACUUUGAAACCCUUUCAAACAUUCAAAUUCUAAGAAGUUAUGGGAAAGGACGCCAAGUCUAAGGAUUCUGGAAAGGGAAAGGGUAAACAGGCUGCUGGUGGAAGCGAGGAUGGUGCUUCAAAAGGAAAAGGCAAAGCUGGGAAAGCAGAUGGCCUUGGAACCUGCACAUACGUUAAAGCAAGGCAUGUCUUAUGUGAGAAGCAGUCAAAGAUUAAUGAAGCAUACAAGAAACUACAGGAAGGCUGGCUGGACAACGGAGAUAAAGUUCCACCGGCUGAGUUUGCCAAGGUAGCGGCAGCUUACUCAGAAUGCCCCUCAGCAAAGAAAGGCGGGGACCUGGGAUGGUUUCCACGUGGCAAAAUGGCAGGCCCAUUUCAGGAAGUUGCCUUCAAUACCCCCGUUGGAGCUUGCAGCGCACCUUUUAAAUCAACACAUGGCUAUCAUUUCAUUUUAAGUGAAGGGAGGAAGAACUGAGAUCUAUGAGCAUUCAGAUAGACAUGUAAUAGUGGCAGUUGUAGCAGAGAACUGGUUAAUUGGUCAUCUGAAACGUACUGCUGUGACUGUGAACUGGUUAAGUUAAUAAAAUACUACUGGUGUGGAUUGCAGGUGUAAUGCUAAACAAGUAAACAUGCCAUAACGAUUGGAUCAAAAUAUCUUACUGGCUCAUGUGUGUUAAUAAUGAUUUUCUGAA